CAAGUCUUCAAGAUCGUUGACUCACAAAAGCAAAUUUAGUACAAAUAUAAAAAAACCCAACAAUCUGGAAAAUUAAAAAGAAAAAUUCCAACCGGUUUUCUCGUCUUCCAUUUCAGGAUUUAAAAAUACCACGUUUUCCCCUGAGCAAUUACUGGCAGAAAUUCGUGGUUGCCCAGAAGAAAGAGAGAGAGAGAGAGAAGAGAGGGAGGCGGUAACCAGAGGAGUAAUGGAUUCCAUUUCUUGUGACAUUUGGAAACGUUCCUCUAAAAUGCUGUUUGUUCAUCGUUUUCUGGAGAAGAACCUUUGAUAAUGGGGCUGACCCUCUUGAGAUCGAUUUGCCCAAGUUAUUUAUAGUUGGGUGGUUGUUCUUGAUAUGGGUUCUGGUCCUGUGAGCGGUAGUAGCAGUAUCAGCAGCAACAGUAACAGUUGCUGCGAUAUGAGUCUCAAGUGUUGGUGUAGGUGGAGAUGGGAUCAUUGUUUCCUUUCUUCGACUUUUGCUUUCUUCCUCUGCUCUUUUUUUCUGUUCGGAUUCGUGGCUUCCUUCUUCGUUUGGCUUACUUUCUCCCCUUAUGAACGCCCUGCUCUCUAUUCGCUUGGUUGUCAAGAAGACAGAGAAGGAUCAUGGUCGAUCGGCAUCUAUUAUGGAGACUCACCAUUCUCUUUGGAACCCAUUGAGUCUAAGAAUGUGUUUAAGGAAGAGACCGCAGCUUGGCCUAUUGCAAACCCUGUAGUCACAUGCGCUUCCUUGUCGGAUGCUGGUUUCCCAAGCAAUUUUGUGGCUGAUCCGUUUCUCUUUGUUCAGGGGGAUACCCUUUAUUUGUUUUAUGAGACCAAGAACUCCGUCACCUUGCAAGGAGAUAUUGGGGUUGCAAAAAGUAUUGAUAAGGGUGCAUCAUGGCAGCAAUUAGGCAUUGCCUUAGAUGAGGAUUGGCAUCUCUCUUAUCCUUAUGUUUUCAGCUACCAUGAUCAAAUAUACAUGAUGCCUGAGAGCAGUCAGAAAGGGGAGCUUCGUCUCUAUCGAGCAAUUAACUUUCCUCUUCAAUGGACGCUGGACAAGGUUAUCAUGAAGAGGCCCAUAGUGGAUGCGGUUGUUAUAAACUAUAAUCGUAAUUACUGGCUUUUGGGGUCAGAUCACAGUGGUUUUAGCAGCAAGAAGAAUGGGGAAUUGGAAAUCUGGUAUAGUAGCUCACCAAUGGGUCCUUGGAAACCCCACAAGCAGAACCCUAUUUACAACACAGAUAAGAGCUAUGGUGCUCGGAAUGGCGGCAGGCCAUUUAUAUAUAAUGGAAACCUCUACCGUAUUGGUCAAGAUUGUGGUGAAUCAUAUGGGCAGCGAGUGCAUGUAUUCAAGGUGGAGGUUCUUAAUAAGGAUGAAUACAAGGAAGUUGAAGUUCCACUAGGCAUAGAAGAGGCCAAGAAGGGCCGAAAUGCUUGGAAUGGUGCUCGUUACCAUCACCUAGAUGUGCAACAACUAAGCUCUGGACGGUGGGUUGGGGUUAUGGAUGGAGAUCGGGUUCCUUCAGGAGAUUCUGUCCAUAGAUUGAUCCUUGGUUAUGUUGCAUUUGCGACUGUAGCUGUACUCACUGUACUAGUGGGGGUGUUGCUGGGUGCUGUCAAGUGUAUUUUGCCCCUCAGCUGGUGUCCACAUAGCUCAGUGAAGAGAAGUGAUUCCUUCUCGGCCUGGGAAUGGGAGCGCUCACAUUUAUUCUCUUCCAAGCUGACACGAUUCUGUACUCGGAUGAACAGGACAAGUGCAUUUGUCAGAGGCCGGAUAAAGCCCAACACUUGUGCUGGAAAAAGUGUCCUCUCGGUAAUAUCUGUGAUAUGGGUAGCACUAAUAUGCGUGGGGGUUAGAUACAUAUAUGGUGGCUGUGGUGGAGAGGACUCUUACCCAUAUAAGGGUUCUUAUUCACAGUUUACACUGGUAACAAUGACUUAUGAUGCUCGUCUAUGGAAUUUGAAGAUGUAUGUUAAACAUUAUUCAAGGUGUUCAGCAGUAAGAGAGAUUGUUGUGGUGUGGAACAAAGGUCAACCUCCUGAACUAAGUGACUUGGACUCUGUUGUUCCCGUCAGGAUCAGAGUAGAGCAGCAGAACUCACUGAACAAUCGAUUCAGAGUAGAUCCGCUGAUAAAAACACGGGCUGUUCUUGAACUUGAUGAUGACAUUAUGAUGACAUGUGAUGAUAUUGAACGAGGGUUCAAGGUGUGGCGUGAGAAUCCUGAUAGGAUAGUUGGGUUCUAUCCACGUCUAAUUAAUGGGAGUCCAUUGAAGUACAGGGAUGAGAAGUAUGCCCGUACUCACAGGGGGUAUAACAUGGUAUUGACAGGGGCUGCUUUCAUUGAUAGUGAAGUAGCAUUUAAGAGGUACUGGAGUGAAGAAGCAAAGGCAGGGAGGGAGGUGGUAGAUAAGUAUUUCAACUGUGAGGAUGUGCUUAUGAAUUUCUUGUAUGCAAAUGCGAGCUCAUCAAGGACAGUGGAGUAUGUGAAGCCAGCAUGGGCGAUUGACACAUCUAAGUUUUCUGGGGCCGCAAUCAGCCGGAACACUCAGGUGCACUACCAAAUAAGAAGCAAUUGCCUUCUUAAGUUCUCAGAGAUGUAUGGGAGUCUGGCUAAUUGGAAAUGGGAAUUCGGUGGUCGGAGGGAUGGUUGGGAUGUAUAGAAGGAUUCUAACAGCAGGUAACAAGGAUAGCAGUGGUUAGCACUGCAAGCACAACCAGGUAUAAGCAAGGAGAAUCUACAGGUAUUUUGGCCCAAUGCAAAUGCAACUCUGACGGACAAUACAAGUUCCUGGGGAAGAUGAUCUGGCUCCUCAUCAGAUUGGCCCUAGGUUGCUCUUCCACGCAUACGGAGUCUUAGGCUGUGUUUGGAAUGCAUUAUCAAAAUAGAUUUGAGUCUAGAACCCAGUUCUGGAACCUGAUUCUUUUUUAUUUUCUUGCUUCAGAAUGCAUCCUAGACCAAUAAUUUAUUCGGAGAAAGCAUAGCAAACAUAGCCUUGGAGUUUGCUUAUGAUUUAGAGCUUGUAAUUAAAGGUGUGGGGGGACAUUUUUGAUUGUUUCAAGGAGAUGGAAGCUGCUAGGAAUGUCACAUUUUCUUGCCCUUUGAGAUGAUGAAUUGGGUAAAACAGAUAGGGAGGGAAAUUUUAGGAAUGCAGGAAGGCGAGGGUAAAGAAUAGUUUUGUUGAGGAGUUGUUUGGAGUUUGGACAGUUGGGGCCUAAGAUGAAAGGGAGUAGUUGAGUUGAGUUGUUACAACUAGGGAUGUAAACGGAUCAAAUUCAAAUUGAAUAUAACAAUAUUUGUAUUGUUAUCCUAUUGGCUUUCGAAUAGAUUUGGAUAGUUUCUAGAAACUGAUUUUUCAAAUAUGGAGUCCGGGAAAUUGAUAUGAACACAAUUCAAGGUUUGAAAGCGUGGUGGAAAGGUC